UCGCUUGAACAGCUUGAGGAAGAGAAAUUCAGAGUGAAGACAUAAUUUAGAGAGAGAAAGAGCAGAUGGGUAAGGGAGGGAUGUCUCGUGGUGGUGGUGAAGAUGUCAAAGAUGGUGAAGAAGAGAACAUGGCAGCUUGGCUUGUCAGCAUCAACACCCUCAAAAUCCAGCCUUUCAAACUCCCUCCUCUUGGUCCAUUUGAUGUUAGAGUCAGAAUGAAAGCUGUUGGUAUCUGUGGGAGUGAUGUUCACUACCUCAAGAAAUUUAGAUGUGCAGGCUUUGAGGUUAAAGAGCCGAUGGUAAUUGGGCACGAGUGUGCGGGGAUCAUAGAAGAAGUUGGGAGUGACGUGAAAUCGUUGGUGCCUGGCGAUCAUGUGGCUUUGGAGCCUGGCAUCAGUUGUUGGCGAUGUGAUUAUUGCAAAGAAGGUCAAUACAAUCUAUGCCCUGAGAUGAAGUUUUUUGCAACCCCUCCUGUUCACGGUUCUCUUGCCAAUCAGGUGGUGCAUCCCGCAGACCUAUGUUUUAAGCUGCCUGACAAUGUGAGCUUGGAGGAAGGAGCAAUGUGUGAGCCACUCAGUGUUGGUGUUCAUGCUUGUCGCCGUGCUAACGUGGGUCCACAGACCAAUGUAUUGAUCAUGGGAGCGGGUCCCAUAGGUCUGGUUACAAUGCUCGCUGCACGUGCUUUUGGUGCUCCCAGAAUUGUCGUUGUGGAUGUAAAUGAUUACCGCCUCUCGGUUGCUAAGGAACUUGGUGCAGAUGAAAUUGUGAAAGUUUCAAUAAAUAUGCAGGAUGUAGAUGAAGAAGUAGGACAAAUUCACAAAGCGAUGGGGGCUGGAGUGGAUGUGACCUUUGAUUGUGCUGGCUUUAGCAAAACCAUGUCAACCGCUCUGAGCGCCACUUGUCCAGGCGGCAAAGUUUGCCUUGUCGGAAUGGGUCAUACUGAAAUGACUGUCCCACUCACUCCAGCUGCUGCAAGGGAGGUCGAUGUGAUUGGCAUCAUCCGCUACAAGAACACGUGGCCUCUGUGCAUUGAAUUUCUGAGGAGCGGUAAGAUUGAUGUGAAGCCCUUAAUAACUCACCGAUUUGGGUUCUCGCAGAAGGAGGUUGAAGAAGCCUUUGAAACUAGUGCUUGCGGUGGUAGCGCCAUCAAAGUCAUGUUUAAUCUGUAGUCCUGAAAUGAAAGAAAUGUCAGUAUAUGAAGUUUGGAUGGAGUUAAAAGUAAUGAAUAAUUAUCUCAACCAUGAAGUUUGAUAUGGUUUGUAAAAAAGUUCAAAUGGCAGUAUUACUCUUGUUGCUUCAAAUUUUUGCAUGUUAAAUUGAUCUUUGUAUAAUGUUUAAUAAAAUCUGCUAGAAUGCUUGUGUA